AUGCCAGCAAGACUGCAUUAUGUUGGAACAUCUGGACAAGUUGCUUCAAGAGAUAGUAAUAUUUUUAUUUGGGAUACUCGAAUAGUUGGCAUGCAAACACCAGAAGGAGAAACGCUUUACAAGCCUGUUAACAGCAUUAGAUCACCCAUUCAAUCACCCAUUCAUUUGAUAAUCCAAAAAAAAAAAGACGAGGAAGAUCUCUUCCACAUAGGA